UUUAGAAAGUCGGUUCUAUGUUUGUGUUUGUAAGAAGCCGAGAAAUGAGUUCGGUUCAUUUUGGUAAACCGAGGACCCUCAGACUUCUGCUACCAGGUGGUGGCGCUAUAUGCCUAACCACGCCUGUAAAAUGAGGAAGAAGAAGACGGGGCUCUCACUAAGAACUACACGGGCUUGUAUCGUCUAAAGGCGAAGCCAUGACGAGGUGGGCGAGAGCCAACAACGUCCACAAACACAAACCAGCCGAGGCGACUCCCUGGAAUCAGCUCAGGUCAGCCGGAAGAAGAAAAGAUGGAGGUGUGCCGUCUCAGACGGACCCUCUGAGAAAGACCUGCGCUUCUGCCGAGAGGAAACCCAACCGCAAGAAGAAAGAGUACACCAGCGAGGACGUAAACGGGUUCCUGGAGUACCUGAAGCAGAGCGGUCAGGGCGGAGGCAGGGAGGCGGAGACGGAGCUCAGGGAGACGGUGGAGGUGGCCCUGAAGAAAGACAGGAGGAGGGAAGACAGGAGGGUGAAGAGGCAGAAGGACAAGAAGAGUAAGAUGGUGUGCUUUAACUGCAGGAAGCCAGGUCACGGUCUGGCCGACUGUCCAGAAGCCGACAGAGACGAGGAAAUGGGCCGCGGCAUCUGCUUCCGCUGCGGCUCCACAGAGCACGAGAUCCAGAGGUGCCGAGCCAAAGUGGACCCAGCACUGGGUGAAUACCCGUAUGCUAAAUGCUUCAUCUGUGGUCAGACUGGACACUUGUCACGCUCCUGCCCUGACAAUCCCAAAGGGCUCUAUGCUCAAGGCGGCUGCUGUCGUGUUUGUGGUUCUGUGGAACAUUUCCAGAAGGAUUGUCCGGAGCACCAGGCAGCAACUAACUCGGUGACUCUGGGCUGGUUGUCCAACAACAUGAGCGCAGACCUGGAGGACGUUCACGUUCCAGUGAAGAAAGCCAAACCCAAGCAGGCCAAAGUGAUAACCUUCUGACCGGACCUCAGAGGACGUCGGUGCCUUCGCCUUGCGGAUUCUUCGGAACCGGACCGAGGGGUCAAAAUCUGACUCGCGGUCACUGAAGUUUUGUUUCAAAUGUUUCCUGUGGCGUUGGCUUACACAGUCUGCUGGAGGUGAAGCGUUUCACCAAAUAACAGAACUGAGGAAAGCCAGACUGUCCAACCUGAGCUGUGCACCGCUGGUGUUCAUGUGUGUUUGCAGAAUGUAUUCAUUAUGUACGUCUGUUUUAAUUCACUCAUCAACUGUGCAGCACUUCUAAUACUGACGGAAUAAAACUAGGGCUGCAACGUACAAUCAUAUUGGUAAUCGAUUAAUCAAUCGAUUAUUCUGACGAUUACUAUAUUUUACAGUUAUUUCCUUUAACCACCGAAGCCUCUUGUACGCAAUACAUUAAAAGAAAAACAUUAAAAAUUGAUUCAAAUCCAUUUCAAAAAAAAUAUUGCCUAAAAUAUAGUUCUUUUGUGAAUCUGAACCAGGUGAAGCUAAACCUAAACCACUUGAAGAGUUUUGGCUAAAAUAUAUUUACAGUCACAGAUUUCUUUGUCUUAAAUAUAAAAGAAUUUUCUUUCUUUUUUUCUUUUCUUUUUUUCACAGUUUGGGCUUAAUUACUGCUCUGAAUAUGUUUUUUUUCUCACUAAAAUAACCGUUUUUGAUUCUGUAUUUUCCAGCAAACAAUUAAUCAAUUACUAAGUUAGUUGAUGCUUAUUUCAAUAAUCAAUGAACAGAGAAUGUCACAAACUCCUAAACUAAUAUCCAGAGCACAUCAAGAGAGCGACUGGUCUUGGUAAGCUGGACUUCACUAGGUCUGGGUGGGUGGAGGACUGAUCCACGCUGCAGCAAAGAAAGUCUUCCUUCCAGGAGAUUUUCUCCAGUGGUGAGGUGGAACGGCAACAAAAGCUUUUAUUUAAUUUUUUUUUGUGUGUAUCUUUACACAGCCGGCUGCAGCUUGAUGUUCUCUCUAGAAAACAAAGUGAAACUGUAGCCAGGCAGCUGCUGCUGGCUGCCAGCUCACUGAAGAUGAUUAUGCCAUUUACCCAUGAGUUUCAUCUACUGUGUGUGUAGGUGUGUGUGUGUGUGUGUGUCUUAUAACAACAUAGAGGACUGAUUCUAAUGUCUCCUGGUUCCAAUUUGACAGCAGCUGAGAAGACUUUGGACAGAAGAUUGUUCUGCUCUGGCUGGGUUGCCCAAUAUCCUGCCUGCGAGCCCCAAACUUUAAUUCUAUGUGUAAAACUUUGCGGGGGGGCCUUGUAGUAAUAUUUUCAUUAUUUAUGACAAGUGAAAAUAGACCCUAGUAACUUCUUAUGACAUUUAUGCAACUUUUCUCUGCCGCGAAUGGAAAAAGUAGUAAAGGAAGGCAAAGAUGGAAGAAAUGCUUCCAGACAUACAAGAAAAAAAACAACAAAAAAUGACAUUGUGUAUCAGAAAGCAGUACCUUACAUCUAAAUCAGACAUGGAGCUGGGUGUUAAAAGGUGACACACCUUUUAAAAUACUGUUUCUGAGAUGUAUAAAAAUAACACCAAGCUAAAUCACUUCCAAAUUCUGGCCACCUUUAACGGGCCACGUCUCCAGAACAGUUCAUCUGCUGGAGAGAACGACAUAAAAAGUGGAAAGGUGCCACAACCUGUGUGCGUAAGUGUGAGCACUCUUAAACUAAAACUUUCAUUUUCUGUUCAUUUUUGAUGUAUUCUUGGUUUCGCUGCAUAUCUUUAAAA